UUCAUUUACUGAUCAGAGAGGGCCCUGAGGGCCCGCGCUGCUCCUUCUCCCGCAUUCACUGGGGAGUCUUGCUCUGCAAGUGCAGUUGCAGGCAGUUCGGGAGCACACGCCCCAGACCUGCCGCCCGCCGCUUCUGUGCCUCUGCAUCUGCCACCGUGGGUCCCAAGUUCCAGCGACUCCUGUCCCACACUCCCCGCUUUGCUCCCCGUGUGUCCUGAAGAAAGGGGACCUGCUCCCGAGAUUUUCCACGAGUUAAUAGUUGACUGGAAGUGUAAUGUUACGGGUGAUGAUAGCAUUUGAAGACCUGGCUGUGUACUUUAGCUGGGAGGAAUGGCAGAAAAUGAACAACGCUCAGAAAACCCUGUACAGAGAUGUGAUGCUGGAGACCUACAGCAGCCUCUUCUCCUUGGGGCACUGCAUUACCAAACCUGACUUAAUCUUCAAGUUGGAGCAAGGAGCAGAGCCAUGGAUGGUGGAAGAAUGCCUGAAUCAGAGCCUUCCAGUGGUCAUGAAAAGGGAUGACCUGAUUAGCAUCAACCAGGAAAGUCAGGACAAAAAUCUGAAUCAGGAUUUUAUGAAAAAUAACAAGACAUCAGCUCUCAAGAGAGUUGAAUUAAGAAAAACCAUUACUUUACAUUCAAGCCAUAUUCCAACACUGAUUAUUAAAAAGGGAACCUAUUCACAAUUGAAGCCCGAGGAAUUCAGUAAAUGUCACACUGUUUAUCCCCACAGUGGGCCUGAUCAACUACAGGAUGGAGAGAAAUUUGAUAACACUAAGAUACCUGGAAAUUCUCUCCAGUUCUGUGAGCCUUUUGGUCAGCAUGACAAGAUUCACAUCAUGAAGCAGCCAUUUGGAACCACUGCACAAGCAAAAUUCUUCACAAGAAUGAUGCUCUGUAAAUCUGAGAGGGUUCAUAUGGCAGAAAACUGUAAUAAAUCAACUGUCACUUUUGGAAAAGUAACUCAAAUAGAAAAAGCUAUCCAUGAAACUUCUAGCCUCAAUAUGCAUCAACAAACUCACACAGGAAAGAAAUUUUAUAAGUACAUUAAGUAUGUUGAACCUGUCAUUCACCAGCCACAACUUGCAAUAAAUCACGGACUAAAUACAAGGGGAAAAUUCUCUAAAGGUAAACCUUGUGAAAAUUCACUCAGUUUUAAUUCACCUUACGAAUGUAAUGACUGUGGAAAAGGCUUUGGACAAAAGUCAGUCCUAAGGAAACAGAAGCAAAUUCACACUGAGGAGAAACCUCAUGAAUGUAAUUACUGUGGAAAAGCUUUUGGACACAAGUCACACCUCAUAAACCAUCAGCGAAUUCACACAGGGGAGAAACCUCAUAAAUGCAAUGACUGUGGAAAAGCCUUUGGACACAAGUCAGACCUCAUAAUACACCAGCGAAUUCACACAGGAGAGAAACCCUAUGAAUGUAAUGACUGUGGAAAAGCCUUUGGACACAAGUCAGUCCUCAUGAAACAUCAGCGAAUUCACACAGGGGAGAAACCUCAUAAAUGUGAUGACUGUGGAAAAGCCUUUGGACGAAAAUCAGACCUUAUCAUACACCAGCGAAUUCACACAGGGGAGAAACCUCACAAAUGCAAUGACUGCAGAAUAGCCUUUGGACGAAAGUCAAACCUCAUUAUACACCAGAGAAUUCACACAGGGGAGAACCCUCAUAAAUGCAAUGACUGUGGAAAAGCCUUUGGACACAAGUCAGGCCUCAUCAUACAUCAGCGAAUUCACACAGGGGAGAAACCCCAUGAAUGUAAUGACUGUGGAAAAGCCUUUGGACACAAGUCAGUCCUCAUCAGACACCAGAGAAUUCACACAGGGGAGAAACCUCAUAAAUGUGAUGACUGUGCAAAAGCCUUUGGACGAAAGUCAGUCCUCAUCAGACACCAGAGAAUUCACACAGGGGAGAAACCUCAUAAAUGUAAUGACUGUGGAAAAGCCUUUGGACACAAGUCACACCUCAUCAUACACCAGCGAAUUCACACAGGGGAGAAACCUCACAAAUGCAAUGACUGCGGAAAAGCCUUUGGACGAAAGUCAUACCUCGUUAUACACCAGAGAAUUCACACAGGGGAGAAACCUCAUAAAUGCAAUGACUGUGGAAAAGCCUUUGGACACAAGUCAUACCUCCUCAUACAUCAGCGAAUUCACACAGGGGAGAAACCACAUGAAUGUAAUGACUGUGGAAAAGCCUUUGGACACAAGUCAUACCUCCUCAUACAUCAGCGAAUUCACACAGGGGAGAAACCCCAUGAAUGUAAUGACUGUGGAAAAGCCUUUAAACUCAAGUCAGUCCUCAUGAAACAUCAGCGAAUUCACACAGGGGAGAAACCUCAUAAAUGUGAUGACUGUGGAAAAGCCUUUGGACAAAAAUCACAGCUCAUCAUACACCAGCAAAUUCACACAGGGGAGAAACCUCAUAAAUGUGAUGACUGUGGAAAAGCCUUUGGACACAAGUCACACCUCAUAAACCAUCAGCGAAUUCACACAGGGGAGAAACCUCACAAAUGCAAUGACUGUGGAAAAGCCUUUGGACAAAAAUCACACCUCAUCAUACACCAGAGAAUUCACACAGGGGAGAAACCUCAUAAAUGUAAUGACUGUGGAAAAGCCUUUGGACACAAGUCACACCUCAUCAGACACCAGCGAAUUCACACAGGGGAGAAACCUCAUAAAUGUGAUGACUGUGGAAAAGCCUUUGGACACAAGUCAGACCUCAUCAUACACCAGCGAAUUCACACAGGAGAGAAACCCUAUGAAUGUAAUGACUGUGGAAAAGCCUUUGGACACAAGUCAGUCCUCAUCAUACCCCAGCGAAUUCACACAGGGGAGAAACCUCACAAAUGCAAUGACUGUGGAAAAGCCUUUGGACGAAAGUCAUACCUCAUCAUACACCAGCAAAUUCACACAGGGGAGAAACCUCACAAAUGCAAUGACUGUGGAAAAGCCUUUGGACGAAAGUCACACCUCAUUAUACACCAGAGAAUUCACACAGGGGAGAAACCUCAUAAAUGCAAUGACUGUGGAAAAGCCUUUGGACACAAGUCAUACCUCCUCAUACAUCAGCGAAUUCACACAGGGGAGAAACCCCAUGAAUGUAAUGACUGUGGAAAAGCUUUUGGACACAAGUCACACCUCAUGAAACAUCAGCGAAUUCACACAGGGGAGAAACCUCAUAAAUGUGAUGACUGUGGAAAAGCCUUUGGACAAAAAUCACACCUCAUCAGACACCAGAGAAUUCACACAGGGGAGAAACCUCAUAAAUGUAAUGACUGUGGAAAAGCCUUUGGACACAAGUCAGUCCUCAUCACACACCAGAGAAUUCACAUGGGGCAGAAACCUCAUAAAUGACUGUGGAAAAGUCUUUGGGCAAAAGUCACACCUCAUCAUACACCAGCAAAUUCACACAGGGGAGAAACCUCAUAAAUGUAAUGACUGUGGAAAAGCCUUUGGACACAAGUCAUACCUCCUCAUACACCAGAGAAUUCACACAGGGGAGAGACCUUAUUAAUGUAAUGACUGUGGAAAAGCCUUUGGACGAAAGUCAUACCUCAUCAUACACCAGAGAAUUCACACAGGGGAGAAACCUCAUAAAUGUAAUGACUGUGGAAAAGCCUUUGGAUGAAUGUCAGUCCUCAGGAAACAUCAGCAAAUUCACACAGGGGAGAAACCUCAUAAAUGUAAUGACAGUGGAAAAGCCUUGGAUGAAAGUCACACCUCAUUGUACACCAGAGAAUUCACACAGGAGAGAAACCUCUUAAGUGUAAUGACUGGAAAAGCCUUUGGACACAAAUCACACCUCAUAUUACACCAGAGAAUUCACAUGACGCAGAAAACUCAUGAAUAUAAUAACUGUGGAAAAGCCUUUGGAUGAAAGUCACACCUCAUCAUACACCAGAGAUUUCACACAGGGGAGAAACCUCAUAAAUGUAAUGACUGUGGAAAAGCCUUUGGACAAAUGUCAGACCUCAUGAAACAUCAGCAAAUUCACACAGGAGAGAAACCCUAUGAAUGUAAUGACUAUGGAAAAGCUUUUGGCCAUAAGUCAGUCCUCAUGAAACAUCAGCAAAUUCACACAAGGCAGAAACCUCAUGAAUGUAAUGACUGUGGAAAAGACUUUUUAUGAAAGUCACACCUCAUACCACAAGAGAAUUCACAGAGGGGAGAAACCCCAUGAAUGUAAUGAGCGGGGGAAAGUGUUUGGACAAAAGUCAGUCUUUAGGAAACAUCAGAGAAUACACAGGGGAGAAACCUCAUGAAUGUAAUGACUUUGGAAAAGCCUUUGGACAAAAGACAAACCUCAUAUCAUAGUAGAGAAUUCACACAGGGUAGAAAACUCAUGAUUGUAAUAACUGUGGAAAAGCAUUUAGCCAUAAGUCAACCUUCAUCAUGCAUCAGAGAAUUCACACAGGGCAGAAUCCUUAAGAAUGUAAUGACUGGCAAAGCCUUUGGACAAAAGUCAAACCUCAUAAUGCACCAGAGAAUGCACACAGUGUUGAAACUUCAUGAGUGUAGUGACUAUGGGAAAACUUUUGGUCUUAAGUUCCAACUCCAACUGCAUCAGAGGAUUCACACAGGGAAAUAACAUUAUAAAUGUAAUGGCUGUGGAAAAGCCUUUUUCUAUAAAUUAUACCUCAUAUCAAAACAGAAUUCACACAGGGAAGAAACCUUAUGAAUCUAAUGAGUGUGGGAAAGCCUUUUGUUAUAAAUCAUAGCUCAUAUCACACCAGAGAAUUCACACUGGGGAGAAACGUCAUGAAUGCAAUGACUAUAGAAAAGCCCUUGGCAAUAAGUCACAUCUCAGAAUGCGUCAGAAAAUUCACAUGAAGAGAAACCUUUUGGACAUAAUGACUUGGAAAGCUUUUUCCCAUAAUGCAGUCCUCAUUGCACAUCAUCUAAUUCAUAUGGGGGAAAACACUUUGGAUCUAAUGCAUAUGGAAAAGCCUUUAUCCAUAAGUAACACCUCAUAAAACAUCAGAAUUCACAUGGGGGAGAAACCUGAAUGGAAUGAGUGUUGGAAAACUCUACCAAAAUCACACAAUAUAACAUCAGAAAAUUGAUUACAUGAUAGAAAUCUUGUAAUAAGUGUGGGAAAGCCUUUUGUCAGAAGUAAUACCUCAUAACACAUGUAGUUUGAACAAGGGAGAGAACUUUUUCCAAAAUCAACAUAACCGUGUGACAGAGCCUUUUGCUGGAAAUUACAUCCCAUACAAUAGGCACUCCCAUAAGGAAGAAAAUUAGGACCAGCGCUGUGGCACAGUAGGUUAAAGCCCUGGCCUGAAGCACUGGCAUACCAUGUGGGCACUGGUUCUAGUCCUGGCUGCUCCUCUUCUGAUCCAGCUCUCUGCUAUGGCCUGGGAAAGCAGUAGAAGAUGGCCCUGCACCCACAUGGGAGACACAAAAGAAGCUCCUGGCUACUGGCUUCUGAUUGCUGCAGCUCCAGCCAUUGCAUCCAUCUGGGGAGUGAACCAGCAAAUGGAAGACCUCUCUCUCUCUACCUCUCUCUGUAACUCUGUCUUUCAAAUAAAUAAAGUAAAUUGUUAAAAAAGGAAGAAAGGUUAGAAAUAUUAGUUUGAGAAAAAGCCAUUUGUCAGAAAUUGAUCACUAUACAUCAGAGAAUUCACACAAAGGGUUUCUUUGGAGUGUAAUGAAUGUGGAAGUAUAUUUUCAUGGUAUUCAGGCUGUCAUAAAUAUGCAACUCAAAAAAGGUGAUAUCCUUCAAGUGCAGUAGAUAUGAAAAAACCAUAACCAGAAAUUAAACAGGCUCGCACCAUGGUGCAGUAGGAUAAUCCAGUUCUAGUCCCAGCUGUUUCUCUUCCAAUCCAGCUCUCUGCUGUGGUCUAGGAAAGCAGUGGAAGAUGGCCAAAGUGCUUGGGCCCCUGUACCCAUGUGGAGACCAGGAAGAAGCUCCUGGCUCCUGGCUUUGGAUCAGGGCAGCUCUGGCCAUUGUGGCCAUCUGGGGAGUGAACCAACAGAAGGAAGACCUUUAUCUCUGUCUCUCUCACUGUCUGUAACACUACCUAUCAAAUUAAUUAAACAUCAACAAACACCAGAGAAUUCAUACAGCAAAAUGUCAAAUUUAAUGAAUGUGAAAAAAUUGUUCUGCCAUUAAUCAAUUCACAUGAAGAGACUCAGAAAUGAGAAAACAUACAUGCAUAGAAAAGUUAUAUACCAUAUGUCAUCUCUCAAUGGUUACCUGACAACUCACAGAAAGAAAAUAUCCUAUGACUGUAUUGUAUUGGGAAAUACCUUUAUUAUUAGGCAAACUUCCACAAAACAUAUCAAGAUUACAGAGAGAAGUCCCUGAAGUAUAAUUUGUUUGAAAGAAUUCUUUGGUGGAAUCACACCUUAGUAAGUAUUGGGGCAGUUUUCAUGAUGAAUUGUGACAGAGAGUGGUUAACCGUUCUUCAGAAAUUUUUUCUCUUAUACAACCUGUAGUUUUGGUUUCUCAUUAUUGUGAGUGGGAUCAAGUAUAUGAACUGAACUGUACUCUCUUAUGUAAAUUUUGUUAAUAA